UCUGCAUCUGGUUGUUGAGAGAGCACCACCCUUCCUCCUUCCCCUGUGUCUCCUCCUCCUCCUCCUCCUCGUUCCGUGUUGUACGCGUAAAAGCGAUCAGGACUUCAGUCCAUCAUCACUCGUGGCUGAAAAUGAAGUAACAUAUGCAUGACGAAAGACACACAGGUAUUAUAAACACUCUGCAGGUCGAGGGCAUGAAAAGGAUUUCCGCACGUUGAUUCACACUUUGGAUGAACUGAUUGAUGCCACGAAGAGAUCGUUUCAAGAUGGCCAAAGAUGAGGAGCUCUCGAGCUCCUUUGCUUUUUUGAACGAUUACUACGCGGGAUCGUCUUCCUUUGAUGACGAUACGAAUCAAUAUUUGGAAGGUGAUUUGGAUUCCACGUCGGUCUCAGAGUGUUCCAACUCAAUCUCAAGCCCCAGAGUGUCGUUUCAAGAAUGUAAAUCCAAAAACGAAGACAAGCCGAAUCGAUUUGGGAGGAAUUCUGCGUUUCGACAAAGUUGUUUUGUGGGCGCUGCUCCAUUGGAACAAGCCAUCAAAAAGGUGGCUACAAACGCCAAGUUUCACGAGAGGUUGAAAUCUUUCGAAACUUUUCAAACAUUAAGUGACUUGCAUGACAGUUCGAGUGAUGCAUGUGGUUCGAAUCAUACUUAUGAGGAGAUCGGAACAUUCAGAAGUCAACUCACUUCGAGGGAUAAUGAAGUCAACUAUCAAGUGGUCGAAUUCGCUUUGCCAAAAUCAACUUAUGAUCCUUGGGAACAACUCAAGAUGGUCUUUCCAAAGUGUGUCAUCAAAGACGAGCACAGAGUCAAAGUCGAAGUUCUACCGCCUGAAACAACCAGAGUCGAUGCCUUGUAUUCCAAGGUCAAGAAGAUCCCCAAGAAGCCCGUUAGAAACCAGAAAGUUGUCCAAGCUGAACUACAUCCUACUCCGUGGUCAAGGGAUCCGCUCGGGAUGAAUCAGGAUCCAGAUAAUUUCAUCACAGUAAUCCCAAUCGAUUAUCAGAACCAGAAUCUACACUCAAGUGGAUCGGGCGGUGGAAGUGGAAGUGGAACUGGAGGUGGGAACACCGCUCAACAAACACAGCAACAUCGAAAUCCUCCACGAAGGGCCAAUGUGCAAAAAACAGGACAAUCUGGGCAUCGAAAGAAGACUAAAAUGAGAUCUGACAUGGAUCCUGAUUACAGAGAAUAUUUCCAACAAAGAGCCCCUCGAGGUGAGUUUCUCACUCGGGGAGCGGCGUUGGCCUCUCAGCAAGCCGAAUAUUCGGCGAUGAAUCCGAACUCCGGACGUGGUUCUAUGGCCAGUCAUUUGGACUCGACUGGCGUUGUGGUCACGGGGAGUUCCCCAAAUCCGAUCGCUUACUCAGUAGGUCAAAGGGCGUUGCUUACAGGAAGCAAUGAUGGACCGCCUCCACCCCAACACGAACAAUUGGAAAGGGAACCAAGACGAUACAUUGCCAAUCAUGAGUUGGUUCGCACAAGAUCCGGAACCAAGGAUGUGAAUAGGCGAAACCCAACCAUCCUUCGGAAAAAGCUGGAUAUUUGCAUCUACUUGAUGUCUUCGGUGGGGAUCAAAAUGGAGGUCGAAGAUGGAGCUUCGGCCACUGUGACCGAGCUCAUUCAAGCUCUAGUGGAUGAGGACGGCUUAGAUUUUCCCAGACUCACCGGAGACGUCCUGACUCUUUGGAUGACGUCUCCGUUAUUAGACGUCCAAUUGAAACCUCAUCAUAAGCCAUUUUACAUCCGACGAGAAUGGAACCAUUUCUUACAACGCUUCUCUUCGGCCCCGUUAACCAAGAAAACCCUAGAUGAGCCCAUUUUAUCUCUCCAAAGAAACGUAUUCUACCCCAAACGCGAAGAGGUCAAACUUCGGGAUAAUAAAGUCUUGGAAUUGUUGUACGAGGAAGCCAAGUACAAUAUUCUCACAGGUCGAUAUCCUUGUGAGAUAUCUGAUUACAUUAUGCUCGGUGGGAUUCAAGCUCGUUUGGAGCUGGGUCCAUAUGAAUCCGAGACCCACACGUCAUCGUUUUUCCGAAGUAUUAUGUACAGGUUCCUCCCAGAGCACGCCUCUAUCUGUAACAGUUGGUCUGCUUUGGUUCCUUGGAGGUCGGCUGCUCGAAAUUCCCCAGAAAAUCGACUGAUUGAGCAAUUCAAAGCAAUUCCAAACAAUGCCUCCGCCAAACGAUUGGUCAAGAAGUACCUUGAGUUCUGUUGGUCCCUUCCUUAUUAUGGAAGUGCCUUCUUCCAUGGCCAAAUUGAGACCCCAGCCCGAUCUCUCACGUCACUUCUCAUCAAUCAUGACACGGAGGUGCUCGUGGCCAUCAAUCCACAGGGAUUCUAUGUCAUCGACCCGGUUAAUGUGGUGGUUCUGUUGGGAUUGAAAUUGGAAGAACUCUCCUGGGACUAUGCCAAACCUUCACAAGAGAACAAUGAAGACUGUCUCCCCUGUCUAUUCAUCCAGUUUUGCGUGAUUGAGAAUGGCCGUCGUGUGUCAAAGAUUCUUCAGAUCUUUUCUCGGCAAGCCGUUCAAAUGGACGCGCUAAUCGCCACUUUUGUGGAUGAGCUCAAACAAAGAGUGGCUUUGUUCAACGAUGAUCCAGAUGGGAACAUUUACAAUGACGCUUCCUCCACUGAAGCCGAUGAUUGUUUGGUUCCUUUGAACACAGUUUCCAGGAGGGCCAUUCCUGAAUCUUGCUUGAGCAAUAAACUAAAUCGAUUGACUUUGGCCACUUUUGAUGAUGAGGGUCAUUGUAUUGGACACAUGGGGUCCUGGUCGUUUUCCAACUGAAAAGAGCAUGUUGGACGACGCACAUGAUCUCAUUGAGUGGCUCCUUGCUUACGUACAUUCCUAAAUUAAAGAACGAAAUAUGAAAGCUCCAAUGUCCCAAUCAUUCUAAAAUUGCCGUGUCGAGCGGCGAAAGACCGCGAGUGAGAGCAUAGCAUCGGCUAGGGACUUCACGAGAUGUGGACUGCGAGCGGAAGGGAAAAUUUCGUAUCUCCUGAACCAUUCACUUCAUUUAAAAUUCUCACUUUAGAGGAUUACAGGGUCUUGUCGAUUCGAUGAACUUUGACAAAUUUGGGCCGAUUAUAAUGUUUAGGAUACUCAGGAGAUGUCGUCAAAGUUACCUAGUAAUCACUACUGUACAUAAAAUUUGAAUUUUCAGCCUGCUCUUGAUCAAAUACAUAAGCUUUCGGCAAUAGAACUU